UUUGACCUGCAUGGCCUUCCAUAGAAAUGCCACGUAAGUGUGUACUGUCUCUUUAAGAAAGUCGGCUGGUUGAAUGAGGCAAAUUAUUCCGAGCAACAACAUAGCAGGAAACAGGAAACCACUCAACAACAACAACAACAACAACAACAACAACGAAACACACAAACUCUUUAACAUGGCCGGGGUUAAAGCUUUAGUUGGGUUGUCGUUCAGCGGCGCUAUUGGCCUCACAUUUCUAAUGCUUGCAUGUGGAUUGGAGCAGUUUGGUGUGUACUGGCCUCUGUUUGUCUUGAUAUUUUACGUGGUAUCGCCCAUUCCUCACUUCAUUGCGAAGAGGAUCGGAGAUGACUCAGACGCUGCCAGCAGUGCCUGCCGGGAGCUGGCGUAUUUCUUCACAACCGGAAUUGUGGUCUCCGCCUUCGGGAUGCCAAUCAUUCUCGCUCGGAUCAAUGUGAUCGCGUGGGGAGCGUGUGGACUCGUGCUAGCUGGAAAUGCUGUGAUUUUCCUCACCAUCCUUGGCUUCUUCUUGGUAUUCGGCAGAAGUGAUGACUUCAACUGGGAACAAUGGUAGCUUCCCCCCAAGUUAACACAAAUGAAGACCUAUUGACUGCUGAAUUAGUUGGUUUUAUUUUGUACAAGGAGGAUAAUUUUUUUUUUUCACACUGACAUAAAAUAACAGUGGUUAAGUGCUUGCUAGAUUUCGGAAGAAAAACAGUUACAAAAUUAUUUUACAGUGGGUGCGGUUGCGGUAUGUAUAUAUAUGUGCGGUAUGCUCUGACUCUGAAUAAGUGCAAGUUAGCUCUGUUCAACUAUCUGUUUUGUUCUGUACAUAUUUUUACUAGUAAGUGUACGCUAUAAAAGUCUAUGUAGUAAACAUUUGUGCCGCGUUUUCUGCGGUUUAUUUGAGACUUUUUUUUUUUUUUUUUUUUUGUGUUGGAUCUUUAGCUAUACAAGGCAUAGCUCCGCAUUUACCGAGCGUCAUUUCAAUCUGAAUGUUGUGCUAUUAGAAUGUUGGUGACCAUGGUUUUGUUGCAUGGGGCUUCGCAGUGGCUCAAAAAGGUCUUUAAAAAAACUUCUUUAAAAAAUCAAAUAGUAGCAAGCCAAAUUAUAAUUCAGUUCACUGACUCCAAGUUUCUUUUUAAAUGAGGUCUUCGAUGAGACAGCUGUACAGAUUAUUAAGAUUCUCCUCCGUAUAGAUCAUUAAAAAAGGCUCCUAAAAUGAGUGCUUUCUAAUGCUUUAAAACCCUUUUCUUAUAAACUUUACUACUGGUCCCUCUUUUACUGUGUUGAGAAUAUUCAUUCGUUCUUCGUGUUUUUCAAGCUAUACAGAUAAUCCAGAGCAACUCUAUAGAUCAACUGUUGUGUCCUGGUACCUUUGCUAUAGUUCAAAUGGUCUGAUUGCAGCUAGAUCAUUGGUGUGAAUGUGUACUGCAUCUCAUGAAGUGAUUAAUAACCAGCAAGUUGCAGCUUUUUUACAUUUAUCUAUAGCGUUGUCUUUUAAAUAUUUGCGUAUUCCAAAUUGAAGUAUAAAAUACAAAAACAGAACCAAAAGUUAUUUAACAGGGCCAGUGAGGUCAUCCAUAACUAUGAAAUACUGAAUAGAAACACUAAAAUAAACUUAAUCAUAAAACGGGCCAGUGAUAAUAUUGAUUGUGCUAAUAUGAACCUUUUAAUAAUAAUAAUAAAAAAUAAUAAUAAAAAAACGACUAAGCCACUCCUGGCCCCUCACUAAAAAUGUUUAUACUCAACUGACCCUUUUACUAAUCAACAUACAAAAUGGGGUGUGGCUGUAUUAUGGGAUUAUAUUGAAUCUGAUUGGAUUAGUUAGUCUGGAGUUUUCUUAUUUUUUGUUUAUUUAUUUUAUUUUUUUUCAAUGUCUAGUUACAGACACACAUUAUAUACUUUGUUGGCCGUUUUGCAAAACGCAGCCAGUGUGAUGACGUUGCAAUCAAGAGCCUUUUUGUUAAUCAUCCAGAUAUAAUUGCUCCUGUGAAUUGUAUUUGUCAUAUGCGAUUGUGUGUUAUCUUUAAGAACUUCACUCUUCUUUUGUGGCGUGGGUAUUUUUUCACUUUCAUUUCCAUAUCAUGUCAAAAUUAAAAAAGGAACUAAAGCACUAUUUUUUUUUUUUUAGUAAUUUGUAUACAAAACUGUAACACACACUUGUUGCUUCUUCAGCUUUGUAUUGUAAAAUUAUAUUAAUAAUAAAACCCUUUUGUAAUGUUAACUGAACAGUGCCUAUUACUAGAUACAACUCUGUUUACAUAAAAGUUAUGCGUACAGUGCACUGGAGAGAAAAAAAAACCUUUGUGUUUUUUUUUUUUUCAAACCUUUUUUUUUAAUUUGACUGUAUUAAAGUUUACUUGUAAGUACUUCUGUGGAUUUAUUUCAUAUUAAAGUGAAACUCAGCACAGGAAGUAUUGUGUUUUGAAAUGUGCGCAUAUCACAAAAUGAAGUACAAAACACAAGUAAAGAACCAAGUACUAUUCAACCCAGGAUAAU